AUGGGUCAAUAUGGGAGGCACAACCAAAACAAGCAUCUUGGAUGGCUCAGAAGAUUUCUCAAAGCUAAAAAGUACUAUGAGGAGGUUGGAUGGAAUGAAGAGGAGAUCUUGAGAUGGCCAAUCUUCUCUGUAAAGAAGAUGUAUAUAAGGAUGAGAGGGGAGUUCCCGAAAGUAGAGUGGAGAAGAUUCAUAUGCAACAAUGCAGCACCACCAAGGUGGACCUUCAUACUAUACUUGGCCCUAAAUGAGAGACUACAAACUAGAGAAAGGCUAGCUGCUUGGGGAAUAGUGGAUGACUUGAGAUGUGUAUUGUGCAGCUCAGGGAUGGAUAGUAGUGAGCAUCUGUUCUUCGUAUGCAAGUAUUCGGCAACAUUAUGGAGGAAGAUCUUGCAAUGGAUGCACAUAGACAGACAAGUAUUGGGGUGGAAAGAGAAAAUAACAUGGGCACUGAGGCAUUUUAAAGGAAAACAUGCAUUAGUAGAAAUAUUUCGAAUGGCUCUAGCAGCAAGUAUUUAUGCAGUGUGGCAGGAGAGGAACAAUAGAAUAAUUCAGAACAAAUUGAGGCCAGUUGGUGUUCUUAUACGAAAGAUUGUCCAUGAAUUCACAUUAGAGGAGGGAGGAAGGCAAAACUAG